CGUUUGUUGUCAUUGGCGGCUCCUAAGAUGGCGUCCAUCAUGGAAGGUCCGCUGAGCAAAUGGACUAAUGUGAUGAAGGGCUGGCAAUACCGUUGGUUCGUGCUGGACUACAAUGCAGGACUGCUCUCCUAUUACACGGGAGCUGUGAUUGGUAUAGACGAUGAGGACGACAGCACCUUCACAAUAACUGUUGAUCAGAAAACCUUCCAUUUCCAGGCUCGUGAUGCUGAUGAGCGAGAGAAGUGGAUCCAUGCCUUAGAAGAAACAAUUCUUCGACACACUCUUCAGCUUCAAAUCAGUACCACACUUGCUUUUUUCCAGUCUUCUGGUAUCUCUCCAGUUCUUGAAUUUUCAAAAAUAAUUGGUUUGGAUUCAGGAUUUAUUCCUAGUGUCCAAGACUUUGACAAAAAACUUACAGAAGCUGAUGCUUACCUUCAAAUCUUGAUUGAACAAUUAAAGCUUUUUGAUGACAAGCUUCAAAACUGCAAAGAAGAUGAACAAAGAAAGAAAAUAGAAACGCUCAAAGAGACAACAAAUAGCAUGGUAGAAUCAAUUAAACACUGCAUUGUGUUGCUGCAGAUUGCUAAAGACCAGAGUAAUGCGGAGAAACACGCAGAUGGAAUGAUAAGUACUAUUAAUCCUGUAGAUGCAAUAUAUCAACCCAGUCCUUUGGAACCUGUGAUCAGCACAAUGCCUUCCCAGACUGUAUUACCUCCAGAACCUGUUCAGUUGUGUAAGUCAGAGCAACGUCCAUCUUCCCUACCAGUUGGACCUGUGUUGGCUACCUUGGGACAUCAUCAGACUCCUACACCAAAUAGUACAGGCAGUGGCCAUUCACCACCAAGUAGCAGUCUAACUUCUCCAAGCCAUGUGAACUUGUCUCCAAAUACAGUCCCAGAGUUCUCUUACUCUAGCAGUGAAGAUGAAUUUUAUGAUGCCGAUGAAUUCCAUCAAAGUGGCUCAUCCCCAAAGCGCUUAAUAGAUUCUUCUGGAUCUGCCUCAGUCCUGACACACAGCAGCUCAGCAAAUAGUCUAAAACGCCCAGAUACCACAGAAUCACUUAAUUCUUCCAUGUCCAAUGGAACAAGUGAUGCUGACCUUUUCGAUUCACAUGACGAUAGAGAUGAUGAUGCGGAGGCAGGGUCCGUGGAGGAGCACAAGAGCGUUAUUAUGCAUCUCUUGUCACAGGUUAGGCUUGGGAUGGAUCUUACUAAGGUAGUUCUUCCAACAUUUAUUCUUGAAAGAAGAUCUCUUUUAGAAAUGUAUGCAGACUUUUUUGCACAUCCGGACCUGUUUGUGAGCAUUAGUGACCACAAGGAUCCCAAGGAUCGAAUGGUUCAGGUUGUGAAAUGGUACCUCUCAGCCUUUCAUGCAGGAAGGAAAGGAUCAGUUGCCAAAAAGCCAUACAAUCCCAUUUUGGGCGAGAUCUUUCAGUGUCAUUGGACAUUACCAAAUGAUACGGAAGAGAACACAGAACUAGUUUCAGAAGGACCAGUUCCCUGGGUUUCCAAAAACAGUGUAACAUUCGUGGCUGAGCAGGUUUCCCAUCAUCCACCCAUUUCAGCCUUUUAUGCUGAGUGUUUUAACAAGAAGAUACAAUUCAAUGCUCAUAUCUGGACCAAAUCAAAAUUCCUUGGGAUGUCAAUUGGGGUUCAUAACAUAGGGCAGGGCUGUGUCUCAUGUCUAGACUAUGAUGAACAUUACAUUCUCACAUUCCCCAAUGGCUAUGGAAGGUCUAUCCUCACAGUGCCCUGGGUGGAAUUAGGAGGAGAAUGCAAUAUUAAUUGUUCCAAAACAGGCUAUAGUGCAAAUAUCAUCUUCCACACUAAACCCUUCUAUGGGGGCAAGAAGCACAGAAUUACUGCUGAGAUUUUUUCUCCAAAUGACAAGAAGUCUUUUUGCUCAAUUGAAGGGGAAUGGAAUGGUGUGAUGUAUGCAAAAUAUGCAACAGGGGAAAAUACAGUCUUUGUAGAUACCAAGAAGUUGCCUAUAAUCAAGAAGAAAGUGAGGAAGUUGGAAGAUCAGAACGAGUAUGAAUCCCGCAGCCUUUGGAAGGAUGUCACUUUCAACUUAAAAAUCAGAGACAUUGACGCAGCAACUGAAGCAAAGCACAGGCUUGAAGAAAGACAAAGAGCAGAAGCCCGAGAAAGGAAGGAAAAGGAAAUUCAGUGGGAGACAAGGUUAUUUCAUGAAGAUGGAGAAUGUUGGGUUUAUGAUGAACCAUUACUAAAACGUCUUGGUGCUGCCAAGCAUUAGGUUGGAAGAUGCAAAGUUUAUACCUGAUGAUCAGGGCAGUAGGCAUAAUUCAGCAAGAAAUGAUCUUCCUUUGGGAGAAACCUGUUCACUCCCUUCUUAUUACAGUGGUUCCUAUCUCAGGGAUACUGGACUUUCUGACACAGAUGAACAAUUAAAGUGGGAAAAGUUCUCUUUUCCCUCUGUGGCAGUUACGAUUUUGACUUCAGUCCUGAGAAAAACUUCAGGUUUUGAAAACAAGGUGAUGUCUGCACCUUUUCCAAACCUCACAUGUUGAAAAGCAUUUAUAAAUCCAUGUCUGAAACGCCACACUCUAGUACUGCUGUUAAGAAAUACAACCUGUUUCUUAGUCCAUAUAAUCUUGGGAUACAUACACACACACACAUCUAUAUACACACCACAUACAAACACAUACGUAUACACACACACACACACACACUCACACACACAUACACACACAUUAAAAUAUACCUGAUGCCAGAUUUUUUCAUAAAUACUCUGCCUACUGUAAAUAUGGGUUCCUCUGAGUUGUUUUAGAAAAUUAGCACAAUGUAUUAAAAUCAAGUGUUAGGAAAUUUCAUGGUCUUACCUACAAUAACUUUUAUUUUGGAACUGAACUAUUAUUAAAUUGUAUCUAAUCCUGAAUUACAGUUUAAUUAUUCUUAGUGCUUAAGGCUUCAUAAUUUUUUCC